GAAGAAAAAGUUCCGUAUUCAUUCUUUGUCAAUGACAAAGAGAUCACAGAAAGUCUUGACAACACCCUUGAUGAAAAGACACUAGAAGGUUCAGAGCAAGUAUUAGAUAUCAUAUACCAGCCGCAGGCAGUGUUUAAGGUUCGAGCUGUCACAAGAUGUACCAGUUCAAUACCAGGUCAUGCGGAGGCUGUAAUAGCAGCACAGUUCAGUCCAGAUGGAAGAUAUUUGGCAAGUGGUUCAGGGGAUACAACUGUAAGAUUUUGGGAUGUAAAUACAGAAACCCCACAGUAUACUUGUAAAGGACAUAAACACUGGAUAUUGGCAAUAGCUUGGUCACCAAAUGGCAAAAAAUUGGCCUCAGGAUGUAAAAAUAGCCAGGUUUGUGUAUGGGAUCCAGCCACAGGAAAACAGAUAGGAAAAACUUUAUCACUUCAUAAACAGUGGAUUACUUGGUUGGCAUGGAAACCAUUACAUCUAGAUCCAGAAUGCAGAUUUUUAGCAAGCUCUUCAAAGGAUGCGACAGUUCGGAUAUGGGACACAGUGUUGUCACAGUGUACAGUUUGUAUAUCGGGGCAUUUACAAUGUGUGACAUGCGUGAAAUGGGGCGGGACAGACCUGUUAUAUACAGCUUCACAAGAUAGAACUAUUAAAGUCUGGAAAAGUGAUGGAAUGUUAUGUCGGACAUUACAAGGUCAUGGUCACUGGGUAAACAUUCUAGCACUGAGCACAGAUUAUGUAAUGCGAACAGGUGCUUUUGAUCCAAGGGAUGAUGAGCAGGUGUAUGGAGAACAGACAUUAUCAAGUAAGUUUUAUUUUAUUUUUUAUAUUUGUAAUGUCAUAUACAUGUACUGGUAAAAAAAAUAAAAAAAC